UCUGAGAUGGGCAGAAAGAGACUUCAAAACCACAAGGAUGACGAAGAUUACACUCCUGGUUCUUAUGUGCCUCUUCGUUCUAUGUAAAGCUCAAGAGGUAGAAAACGUUAGCAAAAAUGCACAUUGCCCAGGAUCAGAUGGCUGCUCAGAUGCUUCCCUUGUUUCCAUGGCUCAAAACCUUGGAGCACUGGGGGAGAAAGUUACAAACCUGGUAGAAAAAGUUACACUUCUGGAGACUAAACUGGAAAACACUGAAAAAGAAGUCCUGGAGCUGAGGAGCCUCAAUGCAGACACACCUAAGGUGGCGUUUUCAGCAGCUCUCAGAGAAUCUGGAUCUGGAAACAUCGGACCUUUCACCACUAACACCCCACUGCAGUAUAAGAAGGUCUUCUCCAACUUGGACAAUGGCUACAAUCCUUCAACAGGUAUUUUCACUGCGAAGGUGAAAGGAAUGUACUUCUUCCGGUUCUCAAUGUUCAACAACCUCAACGCUGUUCCAAACUCUGUUGUGAGUCUUAUGAAGAACGGCGUCCGUCUGACAUCUGUGUGGGACACCUCAGGGUCUGACGCUAACGACAUGGGCAGUAACGCUGUGGUCAUCGCCCUGGAGCCGGGGGAUAGUGUGUAUGUAGAGCUGUUGCACAACAGGGUGGUCUAUGAUGAUGCCAUGAACUACAACACCUUCAGUGGAUUUCUGCUUUUCACUAUGUGAAUUCUUCAGCAUUUCCGUCAUUUUACAUACACUACAAAAUAAAAGUUAUGGAUUUUUUUGUUUUGUUUUUUUGUAAUUUUUUUGGUCAUUUUUGCUAUUUGUAAAAAAAACUAUGUCUGGUCAUUAAAAAAAUGUGUUUCAAUUCAAUUCACACACAAAAAAGUA